AAGCUUCGUUGCGGUUACAUCUUCGCACUCAAAGUAGAAUCAAGAAAAUUCUUUGGAACAAAGUUGUUUCCAUAAUUGUUAAAAAGUGUUAAGCUCUACAUUUUCCGCGAGUAACUACCUUAUAUACUAAACCUUAAUCAAGAUGAGUUCAGAAAACAAAAAGAGUGAAGUUGAAGUUGAAAGCGUUGCCACAACUGAAGAAAAAGCAGAGACCAAGGAAAUUAAAGGAGUGAAGCGGCCCGCUGAUGAAAAAUCCACAGAAUCCAAAAAAGUGAAGAAGGACGAAAAUGGCGCGGGCGAAGAAGAAGAAGACGUUGAGGAUGAGGGUGAGGAAGUAGAGGGUGAAGAUGAAGAAUAUGACCUUCCCUAUGGCGAAGAAGAAGAUAUAGAAGCAGAAGAUGAGGAGGAAGAGGAGGGCGAUGAGGUUGAUGGGGAAGAAGAGGAUGAGGAUGCGUAAUGAUGAGAUACUGAGUAAGAGUGAGACUAAGUAAAAUAGACAUAGGUGAUUUAUUAUUUCGAUUUGCAUUAAAUCUGCAAGUAAUAAGUAUAUACAACCAUAAACAUUGUAAAAUUUGUUUGUGUAUAUAUUUUAAAAGCAACAAAGGAAAUCCUAACAUAGACAGCAUUCACAGCUAGGAAUAAGUUUCCCAAUUAAAAUUAAAUCUUUUAUUUAUGGCUCUAGAUUGUCCUUUGUUAGCAAAGAAGCUUUAAUUCGGAAGCAGCUAAUUGAUAAGCGACUUACACUAGUGCAUCCAAAACUGCAAACCAAACACGGUGCAAGUUUAAGUUGCUAUUUUCAUUUUUCUAGCUUGCAGUCUAAUAAUAAUUGUCAAACAACUUUUGAUCAGAUCCAAUACAACAGUACCUUGUUGAUUUUAAAGCAAUCACAAACAUUAAAAUAGUUUAAAAUGAAUCAGUGAAUUAAUUAUUCAAAAUAGCAAAUCUAAUCCUCGGAAUUCGACAUUGACAUCAUUGCGUUUAAUUUAUUGUAUUGAAGAACGAAAACCAGGAAAAAAUAAAGUAAGAUUGCCGCUGUAACAUUGGCUUGAACAUCUUUCCUUAUCCGUGAUCAUUACUGUACCGAGGCAUCAUCUCUACGUUUAACUGAUUGUGUCUGAACUUCUGAACCAAGUAAUGCAGUGAUCUUGGAGCUGAUGAUUCUUGAGUGAAACGUAGUGUUGUGCCACUAUGGUGAUCUUUGUUUAUAUUUUGUAUAACAUGAUUUAGAGAUUGAAUCACUUUGUAAAAUAAUUCUAGGUUUGUAUUUAAUUUAUGACGUCUGAUGGCUUAGAGUUGUUAGAAUAUAACAGCUUCUUAAAUAUUUGCUAGAUCCAGAUAAUACUUUAUUUUGAUCCACUAGUAUGAAACUAUAUGAUUUAGUACUCGGGUAUCUCUAACUUUGCGGUAUAAAUGCGUUUAAAAGUUACUUUUUAAUUCAUAAACUUAUUAUCUAUAUUCUGCAAAGAGUAAGAUGCCUGUCUUUUUGAAGACGGACUUAAUGUCCUGAGUUAAAUAGUAACUUUUAGAAGUUCGAAUCUUAGUAGUUAAAUUGAUAUGUAGACAAGAACGACCUACGAUUACUACUGAUAUAUGAACUAUUUGUUCCUUGUGAUUUCAUUGCAAUCAUAUUAAGUACAUAAUUCCGAUUAAAAGUUUCAGUUAGAUACAGCAUCCAACAAUUUUUGUAUGAAUCAUUUCAACAACUCACAUAAAAAAAUAUUAAGUAAAACAUAAGAACCACUAAGUCACAUCCAUCUGAUUUACCAGCUGAACCGUUAUAACAAAAGUGAACAGUAUUCAGCACGAACUCGUAUACCAGAAAAAUAAACAA